UUUACAAAAGUUUAUAGAUUCAAUUGAAAUGAGAAUGCACUAUUUGUUAAAUAUUUACAGAGAAAAAUAACAAUGACACUUUAAUUGAAGGUUAUAUAGUUUUGAGGUUAUAAAUACUACGUCAUGUGAAUUUAUUUUCUUUUCGUUAAACUUCUGCAUAAAAUAAUAAAUUUGAGUAACUUUAAAAAUCUUACUUGUUUAAUAGAAUGUUGAUAAUGUUCUUUAGCACCUUUAGGCAGUUUAUUGCACGAUCUGAGCAAAAAUUUAUACAAUUGUUUGGGAGUUUUGAUUGUUUGCUGUAAAAUGUUAUUUGCCAUUAUUUCCUCUAUCAAAUUAGUAUAACAUGUGGUGAUAAAGUUAAUGAAAACUUUUAAAAGUUAGUCGACUCGAUUUAAUUAGUACAAAUUUAUUUUUAUGAUUCAAUUUCCAACUAAUUCAAAGCAGUAUUCGCACAAUUAUUUUCUGAUGUAAUCUAGUUAUAUAUUUUCUAAAAGUAGAUGCUUAUUUUUUAAAUACUUAUUUUUAUAUUUAAAAUUCCAAUAUAUAUUUAUCAAAUAUAUAUGCGUAAAUACACGUUAGAUAUAUUAUAAUUAUUAAAUAAUCAAUCAACGAUGUUGCGAAUUUUUCAAUAUGUUUUACAAAAUUUUUCGUUGAAUACUUUACGAAAUUAUGCUGGAAUAGCAAACAAAACAUUGAGCACUUUAAGUGGAAAUUAUACUGCUGGUUUAAUCAUCAUUGGCGAUGAAAUACUGAAAGCUCAAGUGAAGGAUACCAAUUCACAUUUCAUGUGCUCCUUGUUAUAUGAAUGUGGAGUCAAAGUAGAAAAAAUCUCAGUAAUCAGUGAUAAUGUGGAUAUAAUUGCUAAUGAGAUAAAAGAGUUUUCUGAAAGGUACAAAUAUGUUAUUACAUCAGGAGGAGUUGGACCAACCCACGAUGAUAUGACGUAUGAAGGUCUUGCAAAAGCAUUUAGUGACUCAUUACAUUAUCAUCCAACACUUGUUAGUAUUGUAAAAGAAUUAUGUAAAACAGAUGAUAAAAAUUCACCAUUGUACAAAGUUGCUAAUAUACCUUCGUCAGCAGUUUUAAAAUUUGGCAAAAAUGAUAAAACUGGAGAAGUUUUAAAGUUUCCAUGCGUUAACGUGAAGAAUGUUUAUGUUUUCCCGGGAUCACCAAUAUACUUGGAACCAUUAUUUUAUAGUUUGUGCAAGGAGCUAUUUAAUACACAUAAAAUAUUUUUUAAACAAGUAUUAUAUAUAGAUGCAACAGAAGAAUUAUUUGCAAAUGCAUUAACAAGCGUUGCAAAAGACUUUCCUAAUGUUGCAUUUGGUUCUUAUCCAGUCAGUAAUCAGAAAUAUUACAAGGUACGAGUUACCGUUGAGAGUGAUAAUGAAGAUGUUACUAACGGUGCAUUGAAUAAGUUUUGUAGUUUAAUACCUGCUGAGAUUGUGAUUGAUUAUGAUGAUUCACCGGAAAUUGAUUCUCUGGCAAAGUAUAAUAAGUUUAUAUCUAACUUGGAGCGAAAAUCCGAUACUACAGUAUUCCAAAAUUUACUUGAUGAAUUAUGUGAUAUUUAUAAAGAGCCAAAUAAAGUAGCAUUGUGCAUCGACGGCAGUAUCGGUUCUAUGAUAUUACUUCAUCUUGCCCACAUAGCACAGAAAAAAAUAAAUAACGAUUCAGAUUAUUAUGGUAUUUUUUUUAAAGAAAAAAAAAAUACUGAGCAAUUUAUUGAAGGAGUUUCUAAACGAUAUAAUUUAAAAUUAAUUACAUUAGAUAUAACAACAGUGGAAAACUUGGAAAGUUUGAAAAUUUCAUUACCACAAUUGCAAAUUCUAUUAAUGCAUAAUAAUUCAUUAUCAGAAAAGCAGGAUGAAUUUUUCCACAUGUUGACUCGCAAAGCACAGCUUUCGUCAAUAAUAAUCAAAUCUCCUCUGAUGGUUUUAACUUCUGAUAGUUUAUGGACAUUUGCUAAAUCUUUUAGUUUACCGUAUUCUUCAUUAUGAAAUGUCAGAUAGUACAAAGCCUGACUGGAAUUUAAUAACUUAGGAAGAUUUUUAGAUUUUAAUGCAAAAUUGGAGUUAUUGAAUAGAGAUUUCAUACAAACUUAUGUAAAUAUUAAAUGAAUCAUUUUGUGAGAAUAAGAAUAUACAAUGCAUGAACCAAGUUCAUUUAUUCAAUCAAAAAUAGAAAGGAAGGAAGUAUUUUGUAAAAAUGUGCAUAGCUGCUGGAGUGGAAAAAAUUGCAAACAAAAUGUACAUUUAUUAGCUUAUAAAGAUGGAUGGUAUUGCGCUACCAUGGUAACAGCCUAAA